UCGUUUUUGGGGUACAUUAUUAUUUUAAAUACCAUUUUUACUUACGUAUGUUAUAUACAUCAACUAUGAAUUAUAUUUUUUGUUUGAAAAUGAAUUAAAAUAUUUAAGUUAUGAAUUAAACUAACAGCUACUCAGGGUCAUGUAAUUUAAAUGUAUUUGAAUAUUAACGGUCACACAGGUCCCCUAGUAGAAAGAAGUAUACUUAAAAUACAACAUUGGAACCCCUGGUGGCAAAUGGCGGAACUACGCAAAACUGUCAGAUUGGGAUCAGCUGCUGUCAUGAGAAAACAACAAUCGUUGUCCAGCCAAAAAGGUAUAAAAGGAGACGCAUUUCACACAAUCGAGAUCAGUCUUCUGUUGAUGGCUGGUAAGUCAAGUGUGAUUGGGAGGAAGAAAAGGCGCGCAACCUCGGUUGAAUUGAGUCUUAACAUUAAAUUGACAAUACCCAAACUAAUCAGUGUCCUAAUAUAAGCCCAUACUUCAAAGACCAUCGCAAUUCUCAAAAUUUCAACAUCACGAUGGAGCAAGAUAGCCCCAACACGAAAAAAUUCAAACGGGCGAAGGAGAAAUUUCGAGCUCAUCUGGAACAAGUCGAGGCUCAAAGGCGAAGGACAAUAUUUUUAGACGAAGGUCCUAGUACCAGCCGAAAGAGGAGAACAAAUCAAUACCGUAAGCCCAAUCCAAGAAAGGGUAGCAGUCAAUCCUCAUCGCCCCAGCACCAAAUAUUUUACCGAAUGUGCAGCACAACCCCGAAUGACGUUCCACAGCAAAAGUGUAACACGACCGAAAACAACAGCGACGAUAUCGAUGAAACUGACUCUUUGAACGAGGAAACCCAGCCUAGUAGUGACGUCCCGCGUACACCAACCUACGCCCCGUGUUUUGGUUCGCCAAAUAGCUUUAAGCCGGCUUCCGAUGUGCUCUCAACACCCACUUCAAGGUGCUCAGAAAUGCCUGUUACACCGGGUAAAGAAUGGUGUCGUGACUCAGAUGACGCAUCAACUCUUCCUCGGCCCAAUAUGGAGGAGUCGGGUGAAUCUCAAUCAAAUUUCGAAAUGGAUGAAGAAUGUCGGCGUAUGUUUUACGGUUACUUAGAAACCUCAGUGACUCGGCGAGCACAGUCACCCUUAUCCUCGAAUAAUUCCUCGCUGGAUGAGUCGGAUAACGAAGAUCAACGUUCCUCGUCUCCGCCAAAAAGGUAUGGUCUGGGAUUUGUCCGUCAGAAAGAUAGCCAAUACAAAUAUCUCGGAUUUCGCUGUUAUGAGAGAACAGUUACUGUGCAGCUUUUGGUCCCCGACUCCGGGGAAAAUCCAAUAUAUGAAAUAACCAACCCACCGCCGGAUAAUCAUCGUACGCCCUCACCCACACCCGCGAUAGGGGAAGAGAUCAACACCGAAGAUAUCCAUUCAAUAUCCAACACCUCACACAAACAUGAGGAGGUUCCUACUUCAUCCUCACAUGCUUUCGCACAUUUAGAAGAAGACUCCAGAUCGACCGCAAGUAGUUUUGUGACAGUUUCCGAAGAUCCUAGUUCUGAGUGGUGGACCCAAUGGCAGACGCUGGUUGGUGUUCCUCCAUCAUCACCGCUAUAUAACAUAACCGAACAAGCAAAUCUGUUGCAUAGUGAUGACGUACAAAUUCCAUCGCAAUCCAAUGCUGCCGUCAUAUCGGACGAUCACAGGUCCCCCAACGUGAAGGAAGAUAAAUCAUUACCAGGAACGCCGGGACACGUUGUCGAACUGUCAUCACCAUCGAUGUCUUCCCGAUCGUCAUCCUCAUCCUCAUCAGCCUCGUCGUCUUUAUCGUCAUCCUCAUCCUCAUCAGCCUCGUCGUCUUCAUCAUCAUCCACAAGCCAAACGAUGACACCUCAUCAGCCAACAUUGUGUAGCAGUCAACCUUCCAUCGAUGAAGUGUUUAUACCCAGUAAGGAGAAUAAUAGCACACCAAGUACAAUCAAAUUGCCAGUCACUGAAAUCCCAACUGAGUCAACGCCAUCGUCCUCGACAGACAAUCCCGUGAACGAUAACACAUUUCUCGAACUGCCAAAUUAUCCCGAAAACCUACAAAUCCGUAUCGAGAAGUUUAAAAACAAUUGGAAAAAGGGACACAAACUGAAGCGAAUUGUUAAACAAGAUGGCAAGCAGUACCGCAUAAUAAUAUCAGCAGACGGGGUAGUGAAGGUAUCUCUCCGAACUUCUGCAAUUGGUCUCUAACAUACCUUCCUAUUCGACCGAGAUAUAGUCGAACCAAAGUGCCCAUGUCGGAGAAAUAAAAGGUUACAUAACACCCUAGGGCUUCCUGGCUAUUGAAACCCAAUAGCAAUAGAGAAAGCAAAUCAAGGAAUCAAAAAUCAGAGGGAGGAAGAGAUGCCAUGUAACGCCCAAAAGUCAUGCUUUCGUUUUUGGGGUACAUUAUUAUUUUAAAUACCAUUUUUACUUACGUAUGUUAUAUACAUCAACUAUGAAUUAUAUUUUUUGUUUGAAAAUGAAUUAAAAUAUUUAAGUUAUGAAUUAAA